AGGAGGAUGGAUUCAUUCAUAAGACAAGAUCUGCUACUGUGCACGGUAAUACAUUAAGCUAACGUCCUCCGGCGUACCGCGAGCGGACUUUAUGGAUCUAUAAUCGCAUAUUUGACGAGCGGAUAAAGGAGAGCGCUCCGAGGAUUUAAAGCUAAACGAGAGGACUUCUUAACCGAUUGAAUUGGGACGCUUUCCCCCCUAAACGCGGGGAACUGGAUUAAGCUUCUUCAUGCAACUUUUUUGGAAAGAAACGAAGAGCAUCUCACCGGGGAAUAACAAAAAGAUCAGCAGCGUACCCCUUCUUUAGUAAUCCUCUAGUGUGUGCCGCUGCCCUGUCGCUGCAGGUGACAUCGCGCUCUCUCCGGUAACUGCAGGUGUCGCGUUCUCUCUCGGUCCCUCCGGGGAGAUGUACCAAGGGUUCCCCGGCGACCCAGACAGCGGAUCCCGUGGAAGCUCGUCUCCAUCCAUAGAGUCCCAGUACCUUUCAUCCGUGGACUCCUUCGGGAGCCCGCCGACCACCAGUGCUCCGCAGGAGUGUGUGUCAGCGGGAGCUGGCUUGAGCAUUGUGGGUAGUGGGCCAGGGCCCAGUGUCGGAGGGGAGAUGCCUGGUUCAUUCGUGCCCACUGUCACUGCCAUCACCACCAGUCAGGACCUGCAGUGGAUGGUACAGCCGACCCUUGUCUCCUCCCAGGCCUCUGGACAGAGUGGGUCCACUGGCACCACAACCAUGACCCAGCCAGUGUCACUGGUUGAUCCAUAUGAUAUGCCAGGCCCCAGUUAUUCUUCAGGGUCUGGAUUCACCCCUUCAAGUUCAGACACUCCAGGCCCAGCACCGGGUCCCAUCCGCCAGUCCAGAACCCGCAGCCGCCGUACACGAGACGAGUCUGUGAGUGACGAUGGAGAUGUUGGUGUGUUACUGACACCUGAGGAGGAGGAGAAGAGGCGUGUUCGGCGAGAGAGAAACAAGCUGGCUGCCGCCAAAUGCAGAAACCGCCGACGAGAACUCACAGACAGACUACAGUCGGAGACGGACAUUCUGGAGGAGGAGAAGGCAGAGCUGGAAGCUGAGAUCUCUGAGCUGCAGAAGGAGAAGGAGCGCCUGGAGUUUGUCCUGGUGGCCCACCAGCCGAACUGUAAGAUCCCAUACCAGGACCAACCCCAGCAGAGCUCAGCGCAGCUCCCUCCAAUCCAGCCCCAGCUCCCUCCCCAGACCUUACAAGCUCCUGUCUCCAUUGUGGGUUUGGCUGUGAAGGAGGACUCUUUCUAUCUGCCUCCUGCCUACACAGCCCAUCCGGCCUCCUCACAGUCCCAGCCUCCGGUUCAGCAGCAGCAAGUCCAGCAGCAGCCCCAGCCAGGGAUAAUGCAGGAGGUAGAGUUUUCAAGUUCUUUCUAUGGCUCAUGUGAGCCGGCACCAGGCGGGCCGUGUCUUAUGGCCAGCAACAGUGGUGGUGGUGGUGGUAACCAUGACGAUGCGGCCAUUGGCAGCUACAACACCUCAUACACAUCUUCAUUUGUGUUCACCUACCCAGAGGGAGCCUGCGGGGUCAGUGCCAACCAGCGGAACAGCAGUAGCGAGCAGUCAUCUGAUUCCCUGAACUCGCCUUCCCUGCUGGCACUCUGACUGACCGACAGACACACGCGCACACAUAUCAACACACACAUACAUAAUGCUCGCUGGAAUUAGAGGCUGAGGCAAGUACAUGCACAGUACCUACAGUAUCAGUCUCACAGAUUGAAAAAAAAACAAACAACCAAUCAUUUGUUCCUGAUUGGGUUAAAGUUUACACAUUCUGAAAUGCAUUCCAAUUAAGAGCCAUACAAAUAGUUGCACAUGAAUUACAUUAGAUCGAACCUUUAACAUUAAGCUUAAACAAUAAAUUAUUUUCUUGUUUUGUAUUAUCGGAAUACCUGCAACUGGACAAGUGAAUAAAAACUGAGUCACAAAAUCGAGUCCAGGUUGCCAAUCUUAAGUGCUCUGAAUUAACAGAUUAAUUCACAAUGAGUUUUUUCAAUCUUCAACAUGUACAGUACAUUGAGUGAGAUACCACAAGCUCACUUUACACUCCAACGAGCACCAGUUCCCCCACCUUGUUCCCUCUGUCGGUUGCCCCUUUUUCCAGUGCUCUUGCUCUCAUCCUUUUCCAUCAUCUUCUCCCUUCUUCCUCUUGCUGAAUGUAUUUGUGCAAAUCUGACGAAGGACACUUUGUUCAGGGUCUUUUCUUGUGGGAGACAGACAGCUGAUUUCUCGCUCACCUCUAACCCUUCAUCUGCUCGACUUCCCUCUGCUUCUUCAUUUGCUGCUUGGACUUGGAAAGUUGGGGAUCUGAGUAUCACAGCCUCCACUAAAUCUUGUUCUUUCUUCUCUCGUUUUUAAAAAUUCUUCUGCCGUCUGCCUACCUGCCAUGCGACCCAUCUCUGCCCAUCUCUGUUUCUCCUCUUCUGUCUCUGUGUUUCUCCCUCUCUCUGAAGUCUUCGACCCCCGAGAGCCCGAAGACCCCCUCCAGCCCUUGGGACCUUGAGUGAAUGACGGCCCAACUAACGCCCUUUUGCACCCUCUCAUACAAGGAAAUGGAUGCAACCCCCUACCCCCCAUACAGAAGAACCUUUUCUUGGAGCGCAUUGCUCAAAGCAGAUCCUUGCAGUGAACAGCAGCUAAAUACUUUGACACACGCACAUAGACGCAUAAUUGAUGAACGCAAAAUGCAAGACGGAUGCCACUGUCUUCUGCUGAGCCAUUUUUCAGUGUUCACACAGUGAUAAGACACAUCUUAUGGUGUGAGGUUAAAAGUGAGGAUGGAGAGAGGUUUAGCAGGAAGGGUGGAAGGAAGUGCAAACAAGUUGGACAGACUCAAAUGGAGAGGUGAUGGAUGGAGAGGAUGACUCCCAUCCAAACCAUCGAUUUUUGGAACCAAAUGUUGAAAACAAAGAAAGAGCCAAAUAUUAAAAACAAAGCAAAAAAAGAAAGAAAAAAAUCCUGCUCUUGCCAACUGUGUGGAAGGGUGACCUCAGUACAAACACCUCCAUACCACAGAGCCUCAUCACCCUCGGCCUACAUGCGCAUAUUCACACCAUCGCUUUGAAGUCUCUGAACUGAAGAUACAGACGUUUUGUUGCAGCGCACCAGCUCUGUGUUUUGCUCGGAAUCAAUCAGAUGUGAACCGAUGCCUUUAUUUAGAGGAGAGAUGUUUUUUUGUAGUGAUUCAGACAACCUCUAAACAUUGGGCUCAGUGGUCUCUGUACCUCCCCUGUUCUCUCAGCUGAGACGUGGCGGGGUGCGUUUUAUUGUGAGUGCGUCCACUCUGAGACACCUGGCCCGUUUAUUUCUUUCUUUAUUGAGGUUGAUGUGGCGAGUGAGCACAAAGCAAGACCUGGAAACAAAAGGGGAGAACAUGUGGGCUGAUGUUGUGGAGUGAGCGUCCUUUCUUUGCCUGUGAAUUUGUACAAUUUGUUUUUCCUGUAUGUUUGAGUGAGAAUUGUUAUAUAUUUUAAUGUCUAUGUUUGUUUGUGUGUUUGACUGUUUUGCAUUGACCUCUGCUUUCAUUUGUACUGUUGCCGUUUCUUGUCUCUGUUCUGUUUUUUGUUUUUGUUUUUAAAUCGGGAGAUUUCCUUAUAACUGUUACUAUUAUUAUUGCAUUGUAACUAUUGUUUCAUUAUUUUAUUGUAUUUUCAUUUGGCAACUUUGGAGGCAUGUUGUGCACUACAAAAAAAAUCUAAUUAUAAGUCUAUAUGCAUAUACAUAUAUACAGGUAACAUGUAUAUAUAAGUGUAUGUACCAUGAUUGUAAAGUAUGAAUGUCUGCAGAUCUAAAUGGGAUAUUUUUGUCAAUGAAGAACAAGAUAAAAUGUUACUGAGGUUUAGUUUUAAAAUGAAUAUUUUUCUAAAGGAACAAAAAACUAUAAUAAAUUUAAAGUACUGCCCUGUCCCUCAACAUGAAGCACGAUGUCACUGCCUCUAUCAAUGUGUAUUUAUGUUUUAAAAACAAUAUAAAGCACUAUCCAAGUUACAUUAAAUGUAUGUUUAUGAUUAGGAUGUUACAAGGUUGUGGUAACGCCUUUGUUUUGUUUGUUUGUUUUUUCUCUGUGAGGUCUGUCCAAAUGCUACUGACACCUUAAUGCCACUUGAUCCUUAGCAGAUGCAAAAUGAGGAAAAAAAAUAGUGUGAUUUAAUGUCAAUACACAUAUUAAAAGUGUUCAGACUAAAACACAAUGACUAAACUGUUUCAUUUAAGGACAAAGUAUUUCAUACUCAGUAUGCAUUUCUGUCCAAUAUAAACAUAUCACUCAAUAACAUUGUUAUUUCCUAACUGAAAUGUGUGUUUGAAGGAUAACCGCAGUUUUAGCCUUGAUAUGAACAUUGUCAUGUUCACGUUUAUCCAUUCUUGUACUCAAGCAAAUAUGUUGUCUAAUUGAGAUUUUAAAAAAAAUUCUUGUGAUUGUAUUUGCUGGAUAAGAAGCUUUAUUUUCAAUAAAUAAACAUGUUUAUUCAAAACAAUGGCUAGAUUAAUUAUGUAAAUCUUUGUUCAAAUGUGGCUCUUGGUGGUCAGAAAAUGGGCAGACCUCAUUUUUUUAAAUGUUGAAUAAGGACUGUGUUUGUACAGGUGUUGGAGAUGCCUUUUUAUUUCUCUCCAAAUGCAAAUGUGAUGAGAAUAUGUUCUGGUGUGAGAAUAAGCAUAAAACGUAUUCAAUAGUUCUCAUGUAUAUAGGUUUUUGUGGUGCUACUUACAGUAUACUACAAUGACGAGGCAGUUUCACAUUGUAUGCUGGAAGGUUACACAUUGCUGUUGCUGAGGCUCCAGACAAAUGAGCACACUGCUUGUCUUAUCGAGAUGUUUUAUUCAGAAUGGAGGCCAAUAACGCAGUGAAUUCCCAGCAGCUGAAGCUGUGAGAGCCCAGUAAUCACUCUAUGAUCCCAUCAUAGUUUAAUAUCAAUUGCCAGCUACAUCUUUAAGCGUGAUAAACAGAUCUCAGAGGGCCCUUGUACUGUACCUGCACUCCACUCUUAAGCCCCUGAUCACCACACAACAUAUGAGACUCAUUCUUUCGUCUAAUUUUAUUUUUUUUUGCCUUGGGUUCAAUUGAAGUUGUCUGAAUUUUAUUUUAAAUUAUUUUUUUCUGUUACAAUCACAAAUGGGUUGCUAAUGAAUUGGAAAAAGGUGACACAGAAGGAAAAGGAGAAAUAUUUAGCUACCAGUUAUAAGAAACUCUGCACCUACCUGUACUGUACAAUGGCUAUGCUAGUGUUAAUUGAACAAUAGCUUUCUUAUUUUUCUAUGAUGAGGUGAAUGUUGCUAUGUAUUUCUAUUUUUCCACAAGUCCCAUAUACGCUCUGAUUUCAUAUUUUCCCUGGUAUGAAACGCAAUACUUAUUAUCCUCUUGGAUACACAUAAUGUAGCAAAUCACACAGUGCUCAAACUGACUGCUACUAUAUGUCAAGUGUGAUGAUGUAUUGCUUUAUCAAUUUUUGUUACAAUAUUAAAAGUUAUCCUUAAUACUUAUCGUAACAUUUAGUUUUGAGACAAUCUUCAUGAAGAAAUUGUGUUACAAAAAAUAUCUUUAUUUCCCAUUUAUUCAUGAUGUGUAGUCAAGACACUAGCAAGGUUCCUCCACUUCAAAGAGCCAAUGCUUCUUUUAUAGUCCAUUCCUGUUAUCAAUGUUUCAUCCAUUUUUGUUACACUUUACUCUGUAUUUCUUUCUGGGAGCAAAGGUUGCAAUUCUGUCACAUUUGGAAACAGAGGAUAUAUGGUUUGAUACAUUUUGAAGUUAGAGCAGUUAAAGACUCAAAGAAACUAUGUGACAUUGUCAAAGGGGGGCAUGGAUAAUUACAUAACUAGCUCAUGAAGGUGCUCUCAUAUCAAACUGUCUAUUUUUUCAUUGCAUAUGUUUUUAACAUAACUUACUAGUUUUCUGCACAUCACUAUAAAGUACUGUUUACUUAUUUUUAUAACUUAAUUUCCAUUUGUUUUUACUCUUGAAGAGGACCAAAGUGUAUGACUAAUGUGCCAUGUUGCUUUUGCAGUCCAUGCUCUCUGAUCUUCUGUGUCCAUAGUUCAGCUUCUUGCCCUUUUUGCUGUCCUAUAAAAGUUUACAUGAUAAAAGGUUUUUUUCUCGGUUUCCAGGCUGCAAAAGCUGGGUGAGCUGUCUCCUUUAAUGGUGGUUUAACCAAAUGCCAUUCAUUUCCAAUUUGUGAAGAAAUUACUUAAAUAAACAACAUAUUAUAAGGUA